CAUUGGACACCCCAAGAGCCAAUGGAAUGGGCAAUGCCACCUCCCCCGCUUCUACCUUUUAUAGCCCCCCCUCAGUUCUACUUUCCUGCACAAAACCUUCUUCCUUUCUUCAGCAAUUCUUGGCUAUCUUCUCCUCUUCCCUGAUUCUUAAUUUCUUCUCAGAUUAGACGUUCGAAAACUUGUGAUUUCUUGUCCCAAUUCUAUUGCAUCUUCUUCUUUGAAGGACGUAUUAUAGUUCUAGUUAAUAAACAAGCAGUUCAAAAAAGUUUUGUGGUUUAUGCACGCCAUUGACACUCUCUGCUGUUUGGGUUGUCCAAAACGAUCUCGUCGGCGCAGAAGCCAGCAUGUCCACCACGCUCGGGAGCGGCAGUGUUAGCCCGGCUGCCGGUGCUGCGUCGGCGGCGCCGGAGGUGGAAGGCCACUGGGCUCCGCACGGCGCGGUGCUGACGGCCUGCGUCGUGGGCAUCAACGUGCUCGUGAUCCUCCUCAUCUUCGGUUUCUUCUGGCGGUUCUUCUCUGGGAGAGGGGGCCCGUCGCCGUCCGCGUCAGGCGGCGCCGCCGACGACGACGAAGACGAGGACUCGCUGCCCGUGGCGUCCCCGUGGGCGGCGUACCGCUACCGGCACGAGGGCCACGGCGCGCCGCAGUCGACGCCGGUGGAAGACGUGGCGUCGUCGCUGCCCGUGUCCGUGUACUCCAGCGCCGGCGCCGGCGCCGGGGAAGGAGGAGGAGGAGGGAAGGCCCCCGAGUGCGCGGUGUGCAUCGUGGAGCUACGUGACGGCGACUCGGUGCGCGUCCUCCCGCGGUGUGGGCACCGGUUCCACGCCGACUGCGUGGGCGCCUGGCUGCGGCUCCACGCCACGUGCCCGCUCUGCCGCGGCAGAGUCGUCGCCCCCGCCGCCGCGGCCGUCGCCGACGAGUCAAGGAACGCCAAGGACGACGACGACGACGAUUGUCCCGUGUGAGGCGGCGCCCCGACCGGAACUCCGAGGACAGAUCGGUCGCUCGAUCUGGCAGUGCAUGGUGAGCAAGCAAGUGGUGGGCCACGUACAUGGAGGAAGGUGGCACCAUCUUUCAGCCGUCGUGGGCGUCCAUGUCGCUUAGCUCCUGAAUCCUGAUGAUGACCAGCUAGUAAAGGUUGCUGUGAGGCGAUGGAUUCCUUCAUCCAGUUCUGGCGUUCUGCUGCCUUCUUUAUCUUUAUAUUGUGUGUGAUGUAUGUAUGUAUGUAUAGUAUGUAUGUAUGUACGUAUGUAUGUGUGUGUAUAUCUUGAUCGGAGUUUCUUCCUCUGUGUAGUGUAUGCAUGUGAGAUCUGCAUGAUUAAUUACCCGUUGUAAUGCAUGAACUAUAUGAUAGUAGUAGCAUAUAUACGGCCGAUUUGCUAAUUGCAUUUGGCAUGCAUAUGCGUUUGUAAGACAGUAGAAUUACUGGUAAAAAUCUGGUAUGUGUUGGUUUGCUGCCUUGAGAGAAGGUCAGAAGGACGGA